GACAACAACAAUCGCGUGAACCGAAAACCCGGUCUGAAUGGCAGCAACCGUUGGAUGAAGUGGUCUGAGUGUGAGUCCAAGUCUAAGGAGUCGUUAGAGGAGAUCGCAGUGAACGGGUCGGUGGAGAGCGCCGUCAGUGACGCCGACGCCAUCGCAUGGAGUCAUGUGAGCGGCGAUUACGCGACGGUUGCCGAAGACUCGUUCAAACACUUCACAGAAUACGUGCAUAAGUUUCGGAGUCGACAGAAAAUGUUCGAACAGUUAUCGCAGUUAGAGUUCCCGAUCUUCGUCUACAUCUUCAUCGAGAUCUACGAAUACGACAAAAUGGACGCUCGUCGUUUCCUUCGCGACCAUAAAAGUCGUUUCAAAGAGUCGGUGGAAAUACAGACAAUUGAAUUGAUGAACAAAUCACUGAAUUCAGCGUCGAUUGAAUCGAGUCUCAAAAAAUACAAAACAACCAAAUAUUGUGUUAAAAUUUCUGACAAGUGUUUGGAAAUUAUCAAAAAGCAUUUAAAAGAAAAGAAUGAUCUCAUAAUCAUUGAUAUCAUUAACAAAUCUAUUGACUGUAAUAUAUAUUCAACUCAUAAUCAAAAUCAGCCGGAAUUGACUGAAAAGCGUGUUGAAAAGUGUCCACAAUUUAUGGACACAGAAUCGCUGUCCGUAACAGACGUCCAAUUAAGUCAAACACAGAGCCAAGACUUGCAAGACUUUAUGCAAUGUGUAGAUAGGCUUCGAAACAGUCCUCCCUCUCGGUUCCCGAUCCGCACGUUUACCGUCAAUAGUGAGGACUUGUGCUGUGCGGCCGUCACCGACGAUAUGAGCGCUCUGGCGCUGGGCUUCACUGACUCGACCAUUAGUUUGAAAAAAUUUGGGCAAAACUUUAACCGCGAAUCGCGUUUUGAACUCAAGAGGAAUGUCUGCGAUAUACGACUCAAUCUCAUCGAACACGACAUCGAAGACGUGAACAAUGAUCGUGAAGAUGACGAUAAUGACGACUACUGCCAUACUUCUGGUGCCAUAAACGGCGUCAAUACUUGUGAUACAAACGAGUCGCCGACGGGUGACGUUCGUGAAGAUGCUUACCGUACACUCCGCGGUCACAGCGGACCCGUUUUGGGACUUAAAUUUUGCCCCCAAACGGACAUAUUGUUGUCGUGCUCUACGGACACAACUGUGCGCGCAUGGGAUGCCACGUCUGGCCAUAACGUGUCGCUAUAUAACCAUCACAGGUCUUCUGUGUGGGCAUUGGAUGCGAGUCUCGUGGGAAAUAUGUUCUGUUCCGCCGGUGAUGAAUGUGUGGCAUAUCUCUGGUCUCUGGAGCACUCGCAGCCGAUCCGCAUGUCUUCUGUGUGGGCAUUGGAUGCGAGUCUCGUGGGAAAUAUGUUCUGUUCCGCCGGUGAUGAAUGUGUGGCAUAUCUCUGGUCUCUGGAGCACUCGCAGCCGAUCCGCAUGUUUGUCACUAAUUCUUCGUGUGUCUAUUGCGUCCGUUUUCAUCACAACUGUAAAUACAUUGCGUUCGCCGACAAAGAGAUCACUCUAUGGGACAUAAACAACGCACAAGAAGUUCGCACAUUCGUUGGUCACGACGCGCCCGUCAAUAGUCUCGCGUUUUCCCUUUGCGGCCACUAUUUGGCCUCUGGAGGAGAGGACAGGAAAGUGAUUGUGUGGGACAUCAGCACCGGUAGAGCGUACUUUCUUAUAUGCCCUGUGUGCUUGAGCUUUCGCAUAGAUUCGGAUCAAUUCAUGUCAUAUCAGAUGAACUCAAAUGUGAUUCAUUCCCAGUUUUUGCCACGAAAUCUGUUGCUAACAAUCGGCAAAAAGAGUUAACUUAAUUCUCAUUAACAC